UCCGAGGGGUCAUUGGAUCAGCUUUGGCAUGGAUGACCGCCUCGGAGUAUGAAUUCCGGCCGUUUUGGCCGGUUAAACAUUCCUCGAAGCAUCAAAAGUUUGUCACGUUUCUUCAAAGGACUUUGUUCCUUUUAGACUUUAACCCGGUUUUAAUCCAGAGUUACUUUUUAAUCCAGGAAGGUGUAAAUAAAAAACAUCCCUUUUAUCGCUUAGUUAAUUGCAAAUAAUGCAAUAAAGUAGUUUAUAGUUAGAAAAUACUGUAUAACUUUCUUCUUUCAAUUAGAAGAUAUGAAAGACAUUAUUGGAAGGUUUUCUCAAUUGAAAGUGCAGAUAAUCACCAACAAUUCAGCUGAUUACUAGAAAUUCAGAAAAAUGAAGGCCAAAUCAUGGAAGAUUGGGAUCCUCGCUGCUUUCCUUCUAGUCCUCACUGGCUUCGUUGCCAUUUACUUCGGGUUACGGCCGCGUCCAUCGCGCAAAGGGUCAGAAACGCACGUCUACAAGAUGGCUGCCAUCGCUGCCGACGCCGGUCCCUGUUCAGUCAUUGGACGGGACGUCCUCCGUAAUGGCGGUUCCUCCGUCGACGCCGCCAUUGCCGCGCUCCUUUGUACGGGGCUGAUGAACCCGCACAGCAUGGGGAUCGGCGGUGGUGUUUUCUUCACGAUAUUCACGCCUGAUGGGAAAGUGGAAAUUGUCAACUCGAGGGAGACAGCGCCGAAAAACGCGUCGCGUGAUAUGUUUGGCAACAACACGCAAUUGUCUCUGAAAGGAGGAUUGUCGAUCGCCGUUCCAGGCGAAAUCCGCGGCUAUGAAAUGGCGCACAAACGGCACGGAAAGCUCCCUUGGAAGGACCUCUUCCUUCCCAGUAUCAAACUGGCGAGGGAAGGAUUCCCAGUUGGGAAAGGACUGGCGAGAGCCCUCACAUCAAAGAGAGCAACCAUCGAAAGCAACCCAGCCUUCUGCGAAGUCUUCUGCAAAGACGGCAAAGUCCUCGGACAAAACGAGAUCGUGAGGAUGCCGAAGCUCGCCAGGACUUAUGAGAUCCUUGCCGACGAGGGACCGGACGCGUUUUAUACGGGGAGCUUGGCGCCGCAAAUCGUCGCCGACGUCCAGAAAGCAGGAGGGAUCCUCACCUUGGACGAUUUACGGGAUUACCGUCCGAUUUUGGAUGAGAACCCAUUGAAAAUCACUCUCGGGGAGCUCACCGUUUACACCCCCGGAGCGCCAUUGAGUGGCGCCGUUUUAGCGCUUACCCUCAACAUCCUCAAAGGGUACAACUUCACGCCGAACAGCAUUGCGACGCUGGAGGAGAAGUCGCUGACCUACCACCGCAUUGUGGAAGCCUUCCGCUUCGCCUACGCCAAGAGGACAUUGCUGGGAGACCCAUCUUUCGUCGACGUCACCGGGAUAACCAGAAACAUGACCUCGGAGUCCUACGCGGAGACCCUCCGCACCAAAAUCACGGACGCCACCCACAAUAUCAGCUACUAUGAGCCCGAAUACUACUUCCCGGUUGACGCGGGUACCUCUCACCUCUCCGUUGUGGCCGCUGACGGCUCGGCUGUGUCCGCUACCAGCACCAUAAACCAAUAUUUCGGGUCAGACGUCCGUUCCAGUGUCAGCGGGAUCAUCUUCAACGACGAGAUGGAUGACUUCAGCUCCCCGCACAUCAUCAAUGGCUUCGGGGUGGCCCCCUCUGUUCCCAACUUCAUUGCGCCGGGGAAGCGUCCAUUCUCUUCAAUGUGUCCAGCCAUCCUGGUGGACAAGAGGAACCGCGUCAAGAUGGUGGUAGGUGCUUCCGGAGGGACGGAGAUCACCACCGCCGUAACGCUGGCCAUGAUCAACUCCCUCUGGUUCGGAUACGAUAUAAAAUCCGCAGUGGAGGAACCGCGCGUCCACAACCAACUCUUCCCGCCGAUUACUGUAUUGGAACAAAACGUGGAAAAGAGUUUGGAAGACGGGCUAAAGAAAAGGAAACACGAGAUUUUGCGGGCGCGUGGCGGGGCUGUCGUUCAAGCCAUCAUCCGGACAGAAGACGGUUGGGCUGCGGCGUCCGAUUCCCGGAAAGGGGGACAACCAUCGGGAUAUUGAUCUGGACUUUUAUAUCGGGGGAAAUCCUUUGCCUCAUUUGGAGGUAACGAGCGGUCUGUUUUUUACGAGUCAUCGAGGAUAUUAAUUUUGUCCCCGUCAAAAGUAGGUGGUUCGAAGGAGAAUCGCGGCGGAUCUCUCGUCAUCCCUGAAUUUUUUAUUGACGUUUUUGGAAAAAACGGCGCAAAAAACAGUAUCGGAUUUUUUUGCUAGAUUGCAAAUUUCUAAAUUCCUUAUUGCUGGAAAAUUUAUCAGGAUGCUGGGACAUGCAAUAUCUUGACGAUUGGCGCAUUAUAUCGAUUUUAGACUCUGUUAUCCCCAAACUCCCCUUUGUUUUAAAUUCACCAAUAAAACCUCAAACAGCGGUUUAUAAAUCUUUGUCGGCAGAGCUUUUUGGACUAUGAAACCCAGAAUCCA